AUGAACGCGACCUUCCUCAACCACAGCGGCUUGGAGGAGGUGGGCGGCGCGGGCGGCGGCGCGGGGGCCGCGCUGGGGAACCGCAGCCACGGCCUGGGCACGUGGCUGGACUGCUGUCCCGGGGGCGCGCCGCUGGCCGCCAGCGACGGGGUCCCCGCGGGGCUGGCGCCCGACGAGCGCAGCCUGUGGGUGUCGCGCGUGGCGCAGAUCGCCGUGCUGUGUGUGCUGUCGCUCACCGUGGUCUUCGGCGUCUUCUUCCUGGGCUGCAAUCUGCUCAUCAAGUCCGAAAGCAUGAUCAACUUUCUGGUGCAGGAGCGCCGGCCCUCCAAGGACGUGGGCGCCGCCAUCCUGGGGCUGUACUGA